AUGGACAGAUUAACUGUUCUUAUUGUACUCUUAUGGAUGUGUGACUGCAGAGCAGAGAACAGCUUGCAGGAGAAGCAGAAAAAAGAUGCAGCGGUUCUGACCUCCUGUGACUUUAAUCAGGACGGCGACCCGUUCUGCCAGUUCAGGCAGGACACCUCCGACCAAGGCGACUGGACCCGCCAUAAGGGUGAAACCCCCACACCUGGCACUGGACCCAGCGGAGACUACCCUGAUGGAAGUGGUUACUACAUCUACCACGAGUGUGACAAUGUGUCCAAUGGACAAAAAGCCCGUCUGUUAAGUCCAGCUCUGUCCUCACCGGCCUCACAGAUCUGCAUCCAGUUUCAUUACUACAUGUACGGUUCAGACAGCCAAAAUUUGCUGAGGGUUCUGACCAAAAUACAGAGCAAUGAGCAGGUGGUCUGGAGCAGAACCGGCAUCCAGAGUCCAUCCUGGCUGAAGGAGUCCAUUACUGUGUCCAAAUCCAGCAGUCAGAGCAUCACUAUGGUGUUUGAGGCUCAGAGAGGUUUCUCUUCAUCCUGUGACACAGCUCUGGACAAUAUCAUCAUCACUGAAGGAGCAUGUCCCUCUUGUCUUUCUGGUUGUGAUUUCGACACUCUCGAUGAUCUGUGUGGGUGGACGACUCACACCGACAGUCCUGAUAUGUUUGGUUUCAGCCAGUGGACUGGACCAACAGAAACCGAUGGUACUGGACCUGACGAUGACUUCUCUAAACCUGGACUGGGAUCAUACAUGUUGCUGGAUUCACUUGAUGCCAUCGCUGGAGUCAGUGCUCAGAUCAGAAGUCCUCCGGUAACCCCCACCACUGGAUGUUUGGAGCUCACCUUCCACUACUACCUUUACGGUACCAGCACCACCAUGCAGCUCAGUGUCCACACCCUCACCUCAGCUGGAAGUCUUGGACCUGCUCUCUUCACCAUGAGGGGGAACCAGGGUCAUGGCUGGAAGCCCGCAGAGGUUCAAGUUGUGGGAAAUGGCGCCACUCAAUUUGUGAUUGUCGGUACCUAUGGAGAAACUCUUCAGACGGAUAUUGCUGUCGAUGCAGUGUGUAUCAGGACCUGCAACGUUCUGCCAACUACACCAAAACCAACAACUCCUGGACCAACUACACCAAAACCUACUUCUGGACCAACCACACCUAAACCCACUCCUGGACCAACUACAUCAAAACCAAUUACAACCAAACCACCAAAUCCCUGUCCUCCUAAUGCGGAGUAUAUAGAUUGUGGUCCAGCUUGUAUCCCCACCUGUAUGGCACCCUCCACCAACUGUUCUGGCUCAUGUAUCAGUGGCUGUUUCUGCAAACCGGGAUUUGUCUUCAAGGGACGACACUGUGUGCCACUGGAGAAAUGUGGCUGUUUGGAUGACCAGAAUAACUAUUAUGAGCCUGGUGAAGUUGUAUUUGGAGAUGGCUGUACAAAGCUGUGUCGCUGUGCAGGGAACUACACUUUGGAAUGUGUCGAUAACUCCUGUGACCCCACUGAAGAGUGUCGAGAGGUUAAUGGUGUUCCAGCCUGUUAUCCUAAAGGUACAUCCACCUGCAUAGCAUCUGGUGAUCCUCACUACACCACCUUCGACAAACACACAUACAAUUUCAUGGGCAACUGUAGCUAUCUGAUGUCUGCACGCUGUAACGACACAAGCCUGCCAUACUUUGAGGUCCACACUGACAAUGAAAAUCGAUAUAACACUCCCACCAUCUCCUAUGUGAAGGCUGUACAUGUAUAUGUGCACAUGCAGAAAAUCUCCAUCCUGAAAGGUGGUACUGUUCAGGUGAAUGGGACCAACACCAACCUACCAGUGACUCCAGUCUCUGGUGUUUCUGUGUUCCAAUCAGGAAAACAUUACACUGUGUCCAUGGACUUUGGUGUAACUGUUCGCUAUGAUGGAAACCAUUUCAUGGAUAUCAAAGUAAUCAAAGACUAUCAGGAUAAACUGUGUGGACUGUGUGGAGACUAUAAUGGAAAUGCUAAAGAUGAUUUCCGCAAACCAAAUGGAACCAUGGCAACCAAUGCUGAUGAAUUUGGACACAGCUGGAAUACUGAUCCUGAGUGUAAUAAGAAACCCAACAGCACCAUUCCUGGAUGUGAUGAUGAGGAGAAGGAAUUAUAUGAGAGCUCUGGAUACUGUGGUAUUCUGCUGGACAAAAAGGGUCCGUUUGCUGUGUGCCAUCCCAAAGUCAACCCCAAUAAUUACUUCAGAGACUGUUUGUUUGACUUGUGUGAGUUGGAUGGAGCCAAACCUAUUCUGUGUGAAGCCAUUGAAGCUUACGUCAAUGAGUGCCAGGACCGUGGGGUCAACAUUGGAUCCUGGAGGAAUGAAACCUUUUGCCCACUCACAUGCCCCCCCAACAGCCACUAUGAGCCUUGUGCAGACCCCUGUCAAGAGACGUGCUCUGGGAAACCUCCGUUCUGUGGUGGGCCCUGCUCGGAGGGCUGUGUGUGUGAUCCUGGAUUUGUUUUGAGUGCUGGAAAAUGUGUGAAGAAGAAUUCAUGUGGCUGCAAACACACCAAUGGCCAGUACUAUGAGCCUGGAGAGGAGUUUUAUGUGGAAGACUGUAAACUCAAGUGUAGGUGUGAUGCCCCCUUCGUUACCUGCUUUGCCUCUGACUGCCCUCCGAUGCACGAGUGUAAACUCCAGGACGGAGAGCUUGGCUGUUAUCCCACCAGCUCUCAGGACUGUGUAGUAUCUGGAGAUCCUCACUACAACACGUUUGACAAGAAGUUCUUCAGCUUCAUGGGAACUUGCACCUACACACUGGCCAGAACAUGCAGGAACACCACAGGUCCCUGGUUCUCUGUGGAAGGGAAGAACGAGGAGAGAGGAGCUCCAGGUCUGUCCUAUCUGAGGAAACUCUAUGUCACUGUGAAUGGGAUCACUGUGACCCUGAUGAAGGCCAGGAGAACUCUGGUGAAUGGUGUCCGUGUAGCCCUCCCACAUUCCCCCUCCCCUCUCAUGUCCCUCAGCCUGGCCGGUCAGUACAUCACCCUGCAGACCCCCUUUGGGCUGCAGGUCCGUUGGGAUGGAAACCAUUACGCCCAGAUCUCAGUUCCCAGCUCCUACUACGACCAGAUGUGUGGCCUCUGUGGCGACUAUGAUGGAAACCCAGACAAUGACUUCACCAGACCAGAUGGCACCUUGGUGGGAAACGUCAAUGACUUUGGGAACAGCUGGCAGACGAAAGAAGACGAGGACGAAACAUGUAACUCAGGAACUAACCCUGAUCCGGAUUGCGACCCAAACCUGGAGGCUGAGGUAGUGAAACCGGACAAGUGUGGCAAAAUCAAAGACCCUGCUGGACCCUUCAGGGAGUGUAUCAGUGUGGUGGAUCCUACUCCGUUUUUCCAAAGUUGUGUCUAUGACAUGUGCCAGUUGGGCGGUCAGCAGCAGGCACUAUGUGACCAGCUCCAGGCCUACACUGAUGCCUGCCAACGGGCCGGAGCCACGGUCCACCAGUGGAGGACUCCAGAGUUCUGCCCCCUGGCCUGUCCUCCAAACAGCUCCUACUCCCUGUGCGUGAGCUCAUGUCCUGAAACCUGUGUGGGCAUGGUGGGACCGCCCGGCUGUGAGAAUGUGUGUGUUGAAGGCUGUGAGUGUAACCCGGGCUUCAUCCUGAGUGACGACCGCUGUGUGUCUCUGGCGGACUGUGGCUGUGUGGACACCAGUGGAGGCUACCACCCUGCAGGUGAUGACUGGUACUUAGAGGGUUGUAUGCAGAAGUGUGAGUGUCACAGUGGAGGUCUGAUCCAGUGUCGUAACACUAGCUGUGAACCAGCUACGGAGAGCUGCCAGCUUCAUGAUGGAGAGUAUGAAUGCCGCCCUCUGGUUUCAACAACUCCUGGACCAACUACAUCAAAACCAAUUACAACCAAACCACCAAAUCCCUGUCCUCCUAAUGCAGAGUAUAUAGAUUGUGGUCCAGCUUGUAUCCCCACCUGUAUGGCACCCUCCACCAACUGUUCUGGCUCAUGUAUCAGUGGCUGUUUCUGCAAACCGGGGUUUGUCUUCAAGGGACGACACUGUGUGCCACUGGAGAAAUGUGGCUGUUUGGAUGACCAGAAUAACUAUUAUGAGCCUGGUGAAGUUGUAUUUGGAGAUGGCUGUACAAAGCUGUGUCGCUGUGCAGGGAACUACACUUUGGAAUGUGUCGAUAACUCCUGUGACCCCACUGAAGAGUGUCGAGAGGUUAAUGGUGUUCCAGCCUGUUAUCCUAAAGGUACAUCAACCUGCAUAGCAUCUGGUGAUCCUCACUACACCACCUUCGACAAACACACAUACAAUUUCAUGGGCAACUGUAGCUAUCUGAUGUCUGCACGCUGCAACGACACAAGCCUGCCAUACUUUGAGGUCCACACUGACAAUGAAAAUCGAUAUAACACUCCCACCAUCUCCUAUGUGAAGGCUGUACAUGUAUAUGUGCACAUGCAGAAAAUCUCCAUCCUGAAAGGUGGUACUGUUCAAGUGAAUGGGACCAACACCAACCUACCAGUGACUCCAGUCUCUGGUGUUUCUGUGUUCCAAUCAGGAAAACAUUACACCGUGUCCAUGGACUUUGGUGUAACUGUUCGCUAUGAUGGAAACCAUUUCAUGGAUAUCAAAGUAAUCAAAGACUAUCGGGAUAAACUGUGUGGACUGUGUGGAGACUAUAAUGGAAAUGCUAAAGAUGAUUUCCGCAAACCAAAUGGAACCAUGGCAACCAAUGCUGAUGAAUUUGGACACAGCUGGAAUACUGAUCCUGAGUGUAAUAAGAAACCCAACAGCACCAUUCCUGGAUGUGAUGAUGAGGAGAAGGAAUUAUAUGAGAGCUCUGGAUACUGUGGUAUUCUGCUGGACAAAAAGGGUCCGUUUGCUGUGUGCCAUCCCAAAGUCAACCCCAAUAAUUACUUCAGAGACUGUUUGUUUGACUUGUGUGAGUUGGAUGGAGCCAAACCUAUUCUGUGUGAAGCCAUUGAAGCUUACGUCAAUGAGUGCCAGGACCGUGGGGUCAACAUUGGAUCCUGGAGGAAUGAAACCUUUUGCCCACUCACAUGCCCCCCCAACAGCCACUAUGAGCCUUGUGCAGACCCCUGUCAAGAGACGUGCUCUGGGAAACCUCCGUUCUGUGGUGGGCCCUGCUCGGAGGGCUGUGUGUGUGAUCCUGGAUUUGUCUUGAGUGCUGGAAAAUGUGUGAAGAAGAAUUCAUGUGGCUGCAAACACACCAACGGCCAGUACUAUGAGCCUGGAGAGGAGUUUUAUGUGGAAGACUGUAAACUCAAGUGUAGGUGUGACGCCCCCUUCGUUACCUGCUUUGCCUCUGACUGCCCUCCGAUGCACGAGUGUAAACUCCAGGACGGAGAGCUUGGCUGUUAUCCCACCAGCUCUCAGGACUGUGUAGUAUCUGGAGAUCCUCACUACAACACGUUUGACAAGAAGUUCUUCAGCUUCAUGGGAACUUGCACCUACACACUGGCCAGAACAUGCAGGAACACCACAGGUCCCUGGUUCUCUGUGGAAGGGAAGAACGAGGAGAGAGGAGCUCCAGGUCUGUCCUAUCUGAGGAAACUCUAUGUCACUGUGAAUGGGAUCACUGUGACCCUGAUGAAGGCCAGGAGAACUCUGGUGAAUGGUGUCCGUGUAGCCCUCCCACAUUCCCCCUCCCCUCUCAUGUCCCUCAGCCUGGCCGGUCAGUACAUCACCCUGCAGACCCCCUUUGGGCUGCAGGUCCGUUGGGAUGGAAACCAUUACGCCCAGAUCUCAGUUCCCAGCUCCUACUACGACCAGAUGUGUGGCCUCUGUGGCGACUAUGAUGGAAACCCAGACAAUGACUUCACCAGACCAGAUGGCACCUUGGUGGGAAACGUCAAUGACUUUGGGAACAGCUGGCAGACGAAAGAAGACGAGGACGAAUCAUGUAACUCAGGAACUAACCCUGAUCCGGAUUGUGACCCAAACCUGGAGGCUGAGGUAGUGAAACCGGACAAGUGUGGCAAAAUCAAAGACCCUACUGGACCCUUCAGGGAGUGUAUCAGUGUGGUGGAUCCUACUCCGUUUUUCCAGAGUUGUGUCUAUGACAUGUGCCAGUUGGGCGGUCAGCAGCAGGCACUAUGUGACCAGCUCCAGGCCUACACUGAUGCCUGCCAACGGGCCGGAGCCACGGUCCACCAGUGGAGGACUCCAGAGUUCUGCCCCCUGGCCUGUCCUCCAAACAGCUCCUACUCCCUGUGCGUGAGCUCAUGUCCUGAAACCUGUGUGGGCAUGGUGGGACCGCCCGGCUGUGAGGAUGUGUGUGUGGAAGGCUGUGAGUGUAACCCGGGCUUCAUCCUGAGUGACGACCGCUGUGUGUCUCUGGCGGACUGUGGCUGUGUGGACACCAGUGGAGGCUACCACCCUGUAAGUGAUGACUGGUACUUAGAGGGUUGUAUGCAGAAGUGUGAGUGUCACAGUGGAGGUCUGAUCCAGUGUCGUAACACUAGCUGUGAACCAGCUACGGAGAGCUGCCAGCUUCAUGAUGGAGAGUAUGAAUGCCGCCCUCUGGAUCCCUGUCCUCCUAAUGCAGAGUAUAUAGAUUGUGGUCCAGCUUGUAUCCCCACCUGUAUGGCACCCUCCACCAACUGUUCUGGUUCAUGUAUCAGUGGCUGUUUCUGCAAACCGGGGUUUGUCUUCAAGGGACGACACUGUGUGCCACUGGAGAAAUGUGGCUGUUUGGAUGACCAGAAUAACUAUUAUGAGCCUGGUGAAGUUGUAUUUGGAGAUGGCUGUACAAAGCUGUGUCGCUGUGCAGGGAACUACACUUUGGAAUGUGUCGAUAACUCCUGUGACCCCACUGAAGAGUGUCGAGAGGUUAACGGUGUUCCAGCCUGUUAUCCUAAAGGUACAUCAACCUGCAUAGCAUCUGGUGAUCCUCACUACACCACCUUCGACAAACACACAUACAAUUUCAUGGGCAACUGUAGCUAUCUGAUGUCUGCACGCUGCAACGACACAAGCCUGCCAUACUUUGAGGUCCACACUGACAAUGAAAAUCGAUAUAACACUCCCACCAUCUCCUAUGUGAAGGCUGUACAUGUAUAUGUGCACAUGCAGAAAAUCUCCAUCCUGAAAGGUGGUACUGUUCAAGUGAAUGGGACCAACACCAACCUACCAGUGACUCCAGUCUCUGGUGUUUCUGUGUUCCAAUCAGGAAAACAUUACACCGUGUCCAUGGACUUUGGUGUAACUGUUCGCUAUGAUGGAAACCAUUUCAUGGAUAUCAAAGUAAUCAAAGACUAUCAGGAUAAACUGUGUGGACUGUGUGGAGACUAUAAUGGAAAUGCUAAAGAUGAUUUCCGCAAACCAAAUGGAACCAUGGCAACCAAUGCUGAUGAAUUUGGACACAGCUGGAAUACUGAUCCUGAGUGUAAUAAGAAACCCAACAGCACCAUUCCUGGAUGUGAUGAUGAGGAGAAGGAAUUAUAUGAGAGCUCUGGAUACUGUGGUAUUCUGCUGGACAAAAAGGGUCCGUUUGCUGUGUGCCACCCCAAAGUCAACCCCAAUAAUUACUUCAGAGACUGUUUGUUUGACUUGUGUGAGUUGGAUGGAGCCAAACCUAUUCUGUGUGAAGCCAUUGAAGCUUACGUCAAUGAGUGCCAGGACCGUGGGGUCAACAUUGGAUCCUGGAGGAAUGAAACCUUUUGCCCACUCACCUGCCCCCCCAACAGCCACUAUGAGCCUUGUGCAGACCCCUGUCAAGAGACGUGCUCUGGGAAACCUCCGUUCUGUGGUGGGCCCUGCUCGGAGGGCUGUGUGUGUGAUCCUGGAUUUGUUUUGAGUGCUGGAAAAUGUGUGAAGAAGAAUUCAUGUGGCUGCAAACACACCAACGGCCAGUACUAUGAGCCUGGAGAGGAGUUUUAUGUGGAAGACUGUAAACUCAAGUGUAGGUGUGACGCCCCCUUCGUUACCUGCUUUGCCUCUGACUGCCCUCCGAUGCACGAGUGUAAACUCCAGGACGGAGAGCUUGGCUGUUAUCCCACCAGCUCUCAGGACUGUGUAGUAUCUGGAGAUCCUCACUACAACACGUUUGACAAGAAGUUCUUCAGCUUCAUGGGAACUUGCACCUACACACUGGCCAGAACAUGCAGGAACACCACAGGUCCCUGGUUCUCUGUGGAAGGGAAGAACGAGGAGAGAGGAGCUCCAGGUCUGUCCUAUCUGAGGAAACUCUAUGUCACUGUGAAUGGGAUCACUGUGACCCUGAUGAAGGCCAGGAGAACUCUGGUGAAUGGUGUCCGUGUAGCCCUCCCACAUUCCCCCUCCUCUCUCAUGUCCCUCAGCCUGGCCGGUCAGUACAUCACCCUGCAGACCCCCUUUGGGCUGCAGGUCCGUUGGGAUGGAAACCAUUAUGCCCAGAUCUCAGUUCCCAGCUCCUACUACGACCAGAUGUGUGGCCUCUGUGGCGACUAUGAUGGAAACCCAGACAAUGACUUCACCAGACCAGAUGGCACCUUGGUGGGAAACGUCAAUGACUUUGGGAACAGCUGGCAGACGAAAGAAGACGAGGACGAAACAUGUAACUCAGGAACUAACCCUGAUCCGGAUUGUGACCCAAACCUGGAGGCUGAGGUAGUGAAACCGGACAAGUGUGGCAAAAUCAAAGACCCUGCUGGACCCUUCAGGGAGUGUAUCAGUGUGGUGGAUCCUACUCCGUUUUUCCAGAGUUGUGUCUAUGACAUGUGCCAGUUGGGCGGUCAGCAGCAAGCACUAUGUGACCAGCUCCAGGCCUACACUGAUGCCUGCCAACGGGCCGGAGCCACGGUCCACCAGUGGAGGACUCCAGAGUUCUGCCCCCUGGCCUGUCCUCCAAACAGCUCCUACUCCCUGUGCGUGAGCUCAUGUCCUGAAACCUGUGUGGGCAUGGUGGGACCACCCGGCUGUGAGGAGGUGUGUGUGGAAGGCUGUGAGUGUAACCCGGGCUUCAUCCUGAGUGACGACCGCUGUGUGUCUCUGGCGGACUGUGGCUGUGUGGACACCAGUGGAGGCUACCACCCUGUAAGUGAUGACUGGUACUUAGAGGGUUGUAUGCAGAAGUGUGAGUGUCACAGUGGAGGUCUGAUCCAGUGUCGUAACACUAGCUGUGAACCAGCUACGGAGAGCUGCCAGCUUCAUGAUGGAGAGUAUGAAUGCCGCCCUCUGGAUCCCUGUCCUCCUAAUGCGGAGUAUAUAGAUUGUGGUCCAGCUUGUAUCCCCACCUGUAUGGCACCCUCCACCAACUGUUCUGGUUCAUGUAUCAGUGGCUGUUUCUGCAAACCGGGGUUUGUCUUCAAGGGACGACACUGUGUGCCACUGGAGAAAUGUGGCUGUUUGGAUGACCAGAAUAACUAUUAUGAGCCUGGUGAAGUUGUAGUUGGAGAUGGCUGUACAAAGCUGUGUCGCUGUGCAGGGAACUACACUUUGGAAUGUGUCGAUAACUCCUGUGACCCCACUGAAGAGUGUCGAGAGGUUAACGGUGUUCCAGCCUGUUAUCCUAAAGGUACAUCAACCUGCAUAGCAUCUGGUGAUCCUCACUACACCACCUUCGACAAACACACAUACAAUUUCAUGGGCAACUGUAGCUAUCUGAUGUCUGCACGCUGCAACGACACAAGCCUGCCAUACUUUGAGGUCCACACUGACAAUGAAAAUCGAUAUAACACUCCCACCAUCUCCUAUGUGAAGGCUGUACAUGUAUAUGUGCACAUGCAGAAAAUCUCCAUCCUGAAAGGUGGUACUGUUCAAGUGAAUGGGACCAACACCAACCUACCAGUGACUCCAGUCUCUGGUGUUUCUGUGUUCCAAUCAGGAAAACAUUACACCGUGUCCAUGGACUUUGGUGUAACUGUUCGCUAUGAUGGAAACCAUUUCAUGGAUAUCAAAGUAAUCAAAGACUAUCAGGAUAAACUGUGUGGACUGUGUGGAGACUAUAAUGGAAAUGCUAAAGAUGAUUUCCGCAAACCAAAUGGAACCAUGGCAACCAAUGCUGAUGAAUUUGGACACAGCUGGAAUACUGAUCCUGAAUGUAAUAAGAAACCCAACAGCACCAUUCCUGGAUGUGAUGAUGAGGAGAAGGAAUUAUAUGAGAGCUCUGGAUACUGUGGUAUUCUGCUGGACAAAAAGGGUCCGUUUGCUGUGUGCCAUCCCAAAGUCAACCCCAAUAAUUACUUCAGAGACUGUUUGUUUGACUUGUGUGAGUUGGAUGGAGCCAAACCUAUUCUGUGUGAAGCCAUUGAAGCUUACGUCAAUGAGUGCCAGGACCGUGGGGUCAACAUUGGAUCCUGGAGGAAUGAAACCUUUUGCCCACUCACCUGCCCCCCCAACAGCCACUAUGAGCCUUGUGCAGACCCCUGUCAAGAGACGUGCUCUGGGAAACCUCCGUUCUGUGGUGGGCCCUGCUCUGAGGGCUGUGUGUGUGAUCCUGGAUUUGUUUUGAGUGCUGGAAAAUGUGUGAAGAAGAAUUCAUGUGGCUGCAAACACACCAACGGCCAGUACUAUGAGCCUGGAGAGGAGUUUUAUGUGGAAGACUGUAAACUCAAGUGUAGGUGUGACGCCCCCUUCGUUACCUGCUUUGCCUCUGACUGCCCUCCGAUGCACGAGUGUAAACUCCAGGACGGAGAGCUUGGCUGUUAUCCCACCAGCUCUCAGGACUGUGUAGUAUCUGGAGAUCCUCACUACAACACGUUUGACAAGAAGUUCUUCAGCUUCAUGGGAACUUGCACCUACACACUGGCCAGAACAUGCAGGAACACCACAGGUCCCUGGUUCUCUGUGGAAGGGAAGAACGAGGAGAGAGGAGCUCCAGGUCUGUCCUAUCUGAGGAAACUCUAUGUCACUGUGAAUGGGAUCACUGUGACCCUGAUGAAGGCCAGGAGAACUCUGGUGAAUGGUGUCCGUGUAGCCCUCCCACAUUCCCCCUCCCCUCUCAUGUCCCUCAGCCUGGCCGGUCAGUACAUCACCCUGCAGACCCCCUUUGGGCUGCAGGUCCGUUGGGAUGGAAACCAUUACGCCCAGAUCUCAGUUCCCAGCUCCUACUAUGACCAGAUGUGUGGCCUCUGUGGCGACUAUGAUGGAAAGCCAGACAAUGACUUCACCAGACCAGAUGGCACCUUGGUGGGAAACGUCAACGACUUUGGGAACAGCUGGCAGACGGAAAAAGACGAGGACGAAUCAUGUAACUCAGGAACUAACCCUGAUCCGGAUUGUGACCCAAACCUGGAGGCUGAGGUAGUGAAACCGGACAAGUGUGGCAAAAUCAAAGACCCUGCUGGACCCUUCAGGGAGUGUAUCAGUGUGGUGGAUCCUACUCCAUUUUUCCAGAGUUGUGUCUAUGACAUGUGCCAGUUGGGCGGUCAGCAGCAGGUACUAUGUGACCAGCUUCAGGCCUACACUGAUGCCUGCCAACGGGCCGGCGCCACGGUCCACCAAUGGAGGACUCCAGAGUUCUGCCCCCUGGCCUGUCCUCCAAACAGCUCCUACUCCCUGUGUGUGAGCUCAUGUCCUGAAACCUGUGUGGGCAUGGUGGGACCGCCCGGCUGUGAGGAGGUGUGUGUGGAAGGCUGUGAGUGUAACCCGGGCUUCAUCCUGAGUGACGACCGCUGUGUGUCUCUGGCGGACUGUGGCUGUGUGGACACCAGUGGAGGCUACCACCCUGUGGGUGAUGACUGGUACUUAGAGGGUUGUAUGCAGAAGUGUGAGUGUCACAGUGGAGGUCUGAUCCAGUGUCGUAACACUAGCUGUGAACCAGCUACGGAGAGCUGCCAGCUUCAUGAUGGAGCGUAUGAAUGCCGCCCUCUGGGAAAUGGUAUCUGCUCAGUAUCCGGUGAUCCACACUACACAACAUUUGAUAAACACACCCACCAUUACAUGGGCGCCUGCUCCUACACCCUGACCAAACCUUGCAACUCCUCCUCGGACAUGCCCUACUUCACCGUGGACACCCAGAACGAGCACAGAGGAAGCAAUAAGAAAGUGUCCUACGUCAGAGCUGUGGUGAUCAAUGUGAACAAUGUAACCGUCAUCCUCGGGCAGGGUCGUAUCGUCCAGGUCAACGGGGCAGUGGUUGUUCCACCCGUAACCUCCAUCAGAGGAGUGAAGGUAUAUUUGAGUGGAAAGUUUGUGGUUCUGGAGACUUCCUUCGGCCUGAGGGUACGUUUCGAUGGAAACCACCACGCAGACGUCACCUUGCCAACAUCCUACAGCGGCCUGCUCUGUGGCAUGUGUGGGAACUUCAAUGGAAACUCCAAAGAUGACAAUGUGAAACCCGACAACACGGCGGCCUCUAACAGCAACGAACUGGGAGACAGCUGGCUGGUUCCUGACCCGCGACCCGACUGUAGCAAUGGUGGAGGACAGGAAGACUGUGACAAACAGGUGGAGGAGGACGCCAAGAAGCCCACCAGCUGUGGAAUUAUCCUGGAUCCCACUGGGAUCUUCAAGCCAUGCCACACUACCGUUCCCCCAGAGUUGUACUUUGGAAACUGUGUGUACGACAUGUGUGCUACUGGAGGUCAGACGGUGGCUCUGUGCCAGGCCAUUGAGAGCUACGCCGACAUGUGUGCUGCUGCGGGAGUUCACAUCCCAUGGAGAAACAAUACCUUCUGUCCCCUAAAGUGUUCCCCCGGCAGUCAUUACACCCCCUGUGGCCCUGCCUGCCCCCAGCCCAGCUGUCAGGACCCUGCAGGCCCCGGCGGCUCCUGUGACCUGCCUUGUGUGGAAGGUUGUGUCUGUGAUCCCAACCUGAUCCUGAGCGGAGACAGAUGUGUCCCACUCAAUGAGUGUGGAUGUACGGAUGAAGAUGGAAAAUACCGACCUACCGGAGACACCUGGUUCACAGAGAACGACUGCUCAGAGCGCUGCAGGUGCAAUGGGAACCACAACAUCACCUGUGAGCCGUGGCAGUGCAGCCCUGCUCAGGAGUGCAAGGUGGUGGAGGGAGUUCUGGACUGUCACUCCACAGGUAAGGGAGUGUGUCAUGUUGCUGGAGAUCCACACUACUACACUUUUGACGGAGUGAUGCAUACAUUCAUGGGAACCUGCACUUACACACUGGUGGAGGUGUGUAACACCACCAGAGUCACUCCCUUCAGAAUAGUGGCUAAAAAUGAGGAGCGUGGUCAACCGGAGGCCUCCUAUGUCCGUUCCGUCAAAGUCUUCUUGCCUCAUGACACCGUGGUGGAGCUGCAGAAAGGUCGCAGAGUUCUGCUGAAUGGGCGGAGGGUGAAAACUCCUCUCACCAUCAACCUAGUUGAAGCCAAAGUGAUCACGAGUGGCUCCUACAGUCUGCUGGACACAAACUUCGGUCUGCGCGUUAAGUUCGAUGGAGUCCACCACCUGGAGAUCACCGUUCCUGGAGACUACUUUGACAAGCUGUGUGGCAUGUGUGGAAAUUACAACCACAACUCCUCCGAUGACAACCUGAUGCCCAACAAGAAACCAGCCAAGGAUGUGAUUGAACUGGGAAACAGCUGGAAGUCAGAAGGAGACAGCGAUCCUGGCUGUAAGCCAGACACCCGUCCAGACAUCCAUCCCAACUGCACCACAGAGGAAGAGAAGCUGUUCGAGGCUCGGUGCGCUGAGGUCAUCCUCUCCGACCGCUUCAAGCCCUGCCACUCUCUGCUGCCCCCCGAGGCUUUCUUGGGUAACUGCAUCUACGACCUGUGUGAGUAUAACGGCAUGCCAGCCACGCUGUGCGACAACGUGGAGGCGUACGCUCAGGCCUGUCAGAGCGCGGGCGUGAAGAUCAGUUGGAGGAACUCCACCUUCUGCCCCCUACCCUGUCCCCCCAACAGCCAUUUUUCGGACUGCACACCCGCCUGUCCCCCAACCUGCUCCGACCUCUUCCCCAUGUUCUGCCACUUGCCUCCAACUGCCUGCGUGGAGGGCUGCCAGUGCAAUGCCGGCUUUGUCCUUAGUGACAGCAGCUGUGUCCCCCUGGACAGAUGUGGCUGUGUGGACCAGGACGGAGAGUACCACGACGUGGGAGACUCGUGGCUAACAGAUCGUUGUGCUGACUCCUGCACCUGUAAUCCAGGUGGUCAGAUCUCCUGUAAGGAGCAUGUCUGUAAUCCAAACUCGGUGUGCGCUACGGAUAAGGACGGAGACCUGUACUGCAGACCAAGCAAGUUCGACCAGUGCAGCAUCUCUGGAGACCCCCACUACCGAACCUUUGAUGGCUUCACCCAUCACUUCCAGGGUCCCUACACCUACGUCCUGACUCAGGACCACAACCUGCAAGGCUCAUUGGCGCCCCUGGUGGUGAGGGGAAAGAACAUCAGACGUGGGGGGAAUAGCAGAGUUUCAUUUCUGGAUCAGAUGUAUGUGGAUGUGUAUGACACCAACGUUCGCUUCCUGCCGAAGAAGACUGUACUGGUCAACGGGGAGCGUGUGACACCUCCUCUCAGGCCGGUUGAUGGUUUAACCAUCACCAUGAACUCUAGGCAAGUUCAGCUCACCACAGACUUUGGACUCACUGUACGCUUUGAUGGAAACAGUCGUGGAGAGAUCAUCCUCCCUAGCACCUACAGACACUCUGUCCGAGGACUGUGUGGGAACUAUGAUGGCAUCACCAGGAAUGAGUACAUGAAGCCAGACGGGACAGUAGUCAGGAACCUGAAUGAGUUUGGAGAAAGCUGGAGGGUCAGUGACCGGCAGGCUGACAGGGCCAAGAUCUACAACGCUCCAUUCACUGUCCACAUCCACAGGCGGGAGGUGGAAACUGAUCCAGAUUCAGGAUUUGAGACAUCAGACUGCUCUCAGGACCAGCUCACUGACUACAACAGUGUGACCAAGUGUGGAGCUCUGUCUCUGUCAGGGGGAUUGUUCGCCACCUGCCACGCUAGCAUACCUCCCAACCCCUACCAAGAAAACUGUGUGUUCGACCUGUGUGCUGAGAGCGGCAGCGAGGUGCUGCGCUGUGGCAGCUAUGAGGCGUACGCCGCAGCCUGUCAGGAGGCUGGAGUCGAACUGGGGUCAUGGAGGCAGCAGCUGGGCUGUGUCCUACAGUGUGAUGCCAACAGCACAUACUCAUCCUGCAUGUCGCCGUGCCCCGCCUCCUGCGCUGACCUGGCAGCACCCUCUGACUGUGACAUCACUUCCUGUGUUGAAGGCUGCCAGUGUGCGUCGGGCUUUGUCAUGAGCGAGGGAAGCUGUGUGCCAUACACACAGUGUGGCUGCACCUUCCUCAACAGAUACUACCCACUCUCAGAGAAGUUUGUAACUGAAGACUGUUCCCAGUCCUGUGAAUGCACAAGUACUGGAGCUGUGUGCCAACCCAAGACCUGCCAGGACGGCUAUGUCUGCACCAUCUUUAACUUCAAACGAGACUGCUACAGAGCGAGCCCCUGUCUCAGCUCCCCAUGUCUCAACGGAGGAACCUGUGUGGAGGCCAGCAGCAGCUCCUACACCUGUCAAUGUGCAGAGGGCUUCAAGGGCACCAACUGUGAAACGGAAAUAAUCAAGACUGGUGGAUUGGAGGACAAGUGGAUCAUCCUAAUUGGAGUCUUGGUGUCGGUUGCUGUCGUUGCCAUUGUGAUCACAAUUGUGUGUGUUUGCAGACGUAAAGUAAAGAAACACAAGUUACCAGAGGCGAAGCUCAGCAUGAAAACAAGUGUUCCUUAUGAAAACAUGGACAAUGAAAAAGAUGACAAAGUGACCCCUAUGUGACGAUGGUGUGGAGCCAACCCCGUUCUUCUAUCAUCUUGUUUGUUUGUUUUUUAACUUAUACUUAAAAAA